UCGCGGAGGCGGAGGGCGCAGCUAAAAGGGAGCACUGCUCGCGUGCAGGACAUCGGGACACUGGCGCAGUCUUGCAAGAAGCAGGCCCAGCCUAGGCCAGCACAAUGGCAGCGCCCACAGAUACGGAGAAUCUGUGGAGGUUGCGCCAAGUGUUGCCUGUGCUGGGUGGCCCCCCCGACCCUUGCGGGAUGCUGGGGCCGCAGGUUACCUCACUGCUGACUGGUUUACAACACGCUGAGAAAAGGAAGCAGCUGACGCCAGCACAGAUUGAUGAGUGUAUCCCGAUGCUCCUUGCACUAUUGGAACAACCUAAAAAUUCUUCCGUAGUUCGAGAUGUGGUCAUGGCCUUAAAAGAAAUAGUGAGUGAACAGAAAGGUCGGACUCGCCUCCUGGUUGAGCAAAGUGCAACUCAGGUGCUGUUACCGGUGCUUCUGAGGCAUCGUGACAUGGGCCUGUCUGAGCCAGCAUUUCUGGUGGCCCUCUGCAACCUGCUCUCUCGUCUAGCUGCUCAAGAUCAGAAGUUCUGCUUGAGGGCUCGUGUCCUGGGUGCAUACAAAGUUCCCUUGGAAGAGCUUCGGAAAUUCAAAGUCAAAAUCAAGGUUAAGGUUGCCAUCUUGCUGCUGCUGAAAAGACUGCUUGGCAACAAGCAGAAUGCAACUCUUCUGGGUAACGAAGGCCUGUUGGCGGAGUUAUUCUACUUGCUUGAGGGCAACAGCACUGUUUGCCUCCAGACUACCCUGACCUUGGAGUGCUUGUCCCUGGCUACCUGCUCCAAGCGCAAUGUGCUUGAGCUGGUUCAGAGGGGCCACCUGAAGCAUCUGCUGGCCAUCGUAGAGACGUGCAACGUGAAGGCUCUUCGAGGAGAUGCGGGCCUCAAUCGCAAAGAGAGGCUUCUCUGUCGCAUCAUGCGGGCAGACCUGGAGUGUCUUAUCAACAUUGCCAGGCAUAAGGCCGGCCGAAGGGAGUUGCGAAAGCAAGAGGUGCCACACCUGCUGUGGCGUUGGGCCUCAUCUCUAGGCCCUGGUGAGCAGGGUGACCGCCUGACGAGGGGAGUGUGCCAGGUGGUUCACAGGUGUCUACCACCUUGGCCAUUACCGAUCGCCAGGACCCAUGGGCCCCUGCAAUGGCCCCUUGGUGCAGGCAGCAAUGAAGCCCUACCAGUAGCUGAGGAGGCCCCAGUGACCCAUGCUUCCAGUGAUUACGAUGAGCUGCAGUCUUCCCAGUCAGCCACUUCAUCAGAACAUGAGGCCGAGCUAGAUGAACCACCUGACAUAUCGAAAUGUGAACCUUUGCCCGAAAAAUACAAUUUGGAUGUGGACUUGGAGUCGUACUCUAAAUUUUUCCCAGAAUUGAAGGUCCACGAGGAAGCUGCGGAUGUCAGCCCCGCUGCUACUUCAGAGGUGUCCUUGACUGCAACUAUGAAGAGCCCUGAAGCUGGAGAUCCUUUAGAAAAGCUCAAGUGUAGCUAUGAGGUUAUGGUGCAAAGCACCCAGGGUCUUGUGCCUUUGGUGAAGAUUGCCUUUCCAGAAAUGAUGGGCCACUUGCAUACUGAGCCGCUGGAGCGGCUGCACUCAUGCCAAAAUUCAGGUGCCAGAAACAAGAUACUUAAAGAAGUACGGAUACGGCUGGAGAAUGUUAGGGAUCCUAGCAGUUUUCCCGUUUUAUACGACUACGACACUCUAGCCCUACACAGCCUGCCUCCAUCAAGACCUCUGAUGAACAGUGACGCACCACGAUCUCUUCAGGAAGUAGUCACCGAGCGGCUGUGGUUCGAGUCCCGUUUUGAAGGUGGAAACCUUCGCAAGGCCAUUCAGGUUGGGCCAUAUGAGUACAACCUGCUGAUGAGUCCAGACAUCAACACAGGCCUACACCAUCGCUGGUUUUACUUUGAAGUGGCAGGCAUGCGCAGUGAUGUGGACUACACAUUUAACAUUGUAAACUUUGACCGCAGUGGAAGCCUGUACAAAGAAGGCCAGUGCCCGCUGCUCUUCUCGGUCCGAGAUGCGGCCAAUGGCCGUGGCUGGCGUCGUAUUGGUGGUGGCAUCAGCUACCAGCGCAACCUGCACUGGCGAGCUGACAAGGGACCCCUCUUCACACUGAGCUUCACUGUCCGCUUUCCCCAUGCUGGAGAUGUGUGCUACAUUGCCAACAGCUUCCCCUACGGUUUUUCCCUCCUUAAGGCACACCUUAAACUUUGGCUCAGCUCAUAUGACCGUGGUAACAUAUUCCUGGAGCGACAGGAGCUGUGCAGGACCAUGGCUGGCAACCCCGUGCCUCUGCUGACCAUUACAGCCCAGCCCUUGGAAUUAUCCAGGCCAUAUAUACUGCUAAUGGCUCGAGUACACCCUGGUGAAACAAAUUCUUCGUGGAUAAUGAAAGGUGAGCAUUGA